GUUGAAAUACUGUACGUUGUUACAAAUGGAAAAUCUUAUCGUCCCUGUUCAUGAUUUUUGAAAAGAAUAUACUGCAAAUCAAUGGAGGGAAUGACUUAAUCAGCAAUUAACUCAACCAGCCAGGGUUCUCUACUCUCUGCGUUCUUCGACGACUUCGCCCAGAACAUUGAUAAACGCUUUAGUCAUCUACGAAUGAACGGCAAAGCGUCCGGCCGGGGAUUUCCUCCGAGCGAGAGGAAGACGGGUUCUCAUGAGGCGAUCGACGCGGUCACGCGUGACAUCGAACAAACGUCGCUUUCUGGGCAACGUACGAGCAUACGGCUGGAAAAUAGUUGGGCAAUCUGACAGCCCCCGUACACCCGACUGUUCGACGUCGCGAUCCUCCCUUUUCAUUUUCAUCGUCGAUCGACAGGGCGGACCGGGUUCCGACAAUGAGACAGUUUUGAGGCGAGACUCAUGGACAUUACUUGUAAGAGCAAAAAACGCAUCCUUCAAAUGGAGCGUGUUCUGAAAGCUGUACCGGCGGAUCUAAGAGUAAAAAUGGAGGCUCUUGUGCACGAUUUGACUUUGGCACUGGAGGAGAGCAGCAACAGUGCGAAUCUCAGGCGCAGAUGGGGCAUCAGGCGGAGGGCCCGCUCCACGGGGAAUAUUCCGGCUUUAAGCAUGAACAAACAUUCGGAUGACAGCUCAUCUUCCAUUUGCGAAAUUCGCAUUCCAAAGACUGCCAAUGUUACGAAAUAUCAGUCCGACAGCGACGACACCAAUCAGACAAAACGUUUCGCGCACUUUCCAAACUUGAAUAACGUCAGUAACAUUGAGAGCGAUUCGGUAAAUGAAAAUUUUGUGCCAAGAGCGAACACCAGACGCAAGAGGAAGUUCAAAAGAAUGGCGAUCGAUUCCGACUCUAACGCGUCCACUUCUCAAGCAGUAGCAAUUAUGUCGACUUCGACAUUCGGCGGAAAAAAACGUAUUUUUCGAAGCGAUUGCAAAAAUAGAUACAGCGCUAUAUGGUGUGGAAAACGUAAAAGAUCGUGUAGAGAGCGUUCAAUAGACUGUGAAAUGAGAGUGUCUAAACCAACUAAAAAUGCAAAGCCGAAAAAUCGCGAUAAAAUACAAGGCGAGGACACCGUGGACUGUUCUCGUAUAUCUAGUUCUAGCAUUUCGUCCAGCGACUCUGAAGCAGGUCUCAUUACCAACGAUGAAGAUAGAGAAGGAGAUGACGAACAGUCCGAUUGGAUCGGAGAGUCAAGUUGGCGAGACGACGGGGAAAGCACCAGCGACGACAAAGCCACGUCGGAUCCGACCUUCCAAAUGAUGCUGCACGGCGAGCAUUCGGUUGCGGAGGCCAAGAAAAACUACAGACAGAGAAUACAACGCAUUCGCGAGGGUCUGAGCGGUAGAGAGAUCCGUGCCGGGCGACGUCACGUUGACAACAAACCCGGUUACUCUAUCAUAACGUCGGCCAACGAAAAAGUCUCGCGAUUCCUACAAGAUCCCACACAGAGCGAGCUGAAGCUCCAUCCUAUGCGGCAACCCGAGCGAGAGAAGUUACGUCGACUCGCCAAUUUGUACAGUUUAAGCAUGAAGGGCGAUCAAGGUUGUCCGAUACUAUACAAAACGCGACAUACUACGCAAGCCGUGUGCGUAGACCAAGUGUCGUUGAACAGAUUCUCAGACUACAAGAGACUGCGUAAAACACCUCCAAAUUCGCCGAACUCAGAUUCUACGAUGCAAACCGAAGAACCUCAGAUUUCUAGCACGAGCUACAAUUCUCAAAUCAUAAAUCAGGUGCAAAAAAUUGGUUCUGUACAAGCAAAUGUACAAACAUUUUCUUCGUUCGAAUGGGAAAGCGAAAGUAUGGAUAUUGAAGUACAAGGAAGGCCAAAGUUUCCUGAUUUUGGACAUUCCAAAUCUAGUUAAAUGUAUACGUAUACAUAUUUAUUUAUCUUUUUUCUGAAUUAUAUGCGUAUAUGUAUAUGCACACAUAUAUGCAAGUUUUCUGUAUAAAAAAUUCUUAUGUUAUUAAAAUUCAAGAAUGUUAAUAUUCAUGAUAAUCACAUGAUGCAAAAGGAUUUUACAGGAAUUGUAAUAUAUAUAAGCAUUUUAUUGCAGCUUUUAAUUAAUAAAUUUAUAUAGUUAUUUGUAUGUUAUAAAUUAAUAUUGUAAAAAUUGUAAUAUUUAUAUGCAAAUGUUAUGAAACUGGGAAAAAUUAUAGUACAUCUAAAACUAA